GGAAGCUCACUCAAACUCAAACCGUAUGGCUCCGGGAAGAAACCACCGUGCGCUCCUCCUCUCCUUCCUCCUCCUCCACGCUGUCGCGAAGCCGGCAUUCGCACAAUGCAAGUCGGAUACCGUCGACCGCAAAUGCCACGACAAGGAAAAAUCGUUGAAACUGAAAAUCAUUGCCAUUUGCUUGAUUUUAGCAGCGAGUGCCGUCGGGGUAUGCUUGCCAUUACUUUCGAGGCUGGUACCGGCGCUUCACCCGGACGGAAAUUUGUUCUUGUUGGUUAAGGCAUUUGCUUCCGGGGUUAUACUUGCAACUGGGUACAUGCACGUGUUGCCGGAUUCUUUCAACGACUUGAUGUCGCCGUGUUUACCCACGAAUCCGUGGAGGAAGUUCCCGUUCACGACGUUCGUGGCAAUGCUUUCGGCUGUGGCGACACUUAUGGUGGAUUCAUUAGCCAUGUGUUGGUAUAAAAAGAGGGUUGGUACUGAAAAUGUGGUUGUGGAAAAAGGAAGCAUAGAUAUGGAGAAUUUUGAACAUGGAAACCACCAGAGUAAUGAAGUUCAAUCGGCAUUGAAUUCGCUAAUGCGCCAUCGUGUUAUUGCUCAGGUGCUAGAGUUGGGAAUUGUAGUUCAUUCGGUGGUUAUUGGUCUUGCAAUGGGAGCAUCAGACAAUUUCUGCACCAUAAGACCACUCAUUGCUGCACUUUGUUUCCAUCAACUCUUUGAAGGAAUGGGGCUUGGUGGUUGUAUACUGCAGGGACCUUUCUUUAAUCCAAUGGCUGAAUAUGGACUCAAGAUGAAAGCAACAAUGGUAUUCUUCUUCGCAUCCACAACUCCAUUCGGGAUUGCUCUAGGAAUUGGUCUGUCAAAUGUGUACGGUGAGAGCAGCCCAACUGCACUGAUUGUGGUAGGACUCCUAAAUGCUUGCUCAGCUGGGCUGCUCAACUACAUGGCAUUGGUAGAUCUCUUAGCAUCUGAUUUUAUGGGGCCGAGACUUCAGGAUAGUAUGAAGCUCCAAACAUGGGCAUAUGCUGCAGUCUUAAUAGGUGCAGGGGGUAUGUCAUUGAUGGCAAAAUGGGCUUAGUAAAUCCAAGGACAUGUAUCCUCUUCCUUACCCAAUUUUGUGGAAUAUAAUAUCUUCUACUUU